AUGGGGCUGGGAAUCCUCGAGGACACGGUCAUGGACCACGUCCCAGGGACGACCCGAUACUUCGACGACCCAGAGCGACCGCAGUUUGCCACCAACGGCACCGAUGGCCUCAAGUGCGAUACCAGCGGGCCGGUGCCCAUCAUCCUCGUCCCCCAGCCCUCCGACGACCCAAACGAUCCGUUGAACUGGCCACUAUGGAAACGUGAUCUUAUCACCUUCAUUCUCUCCAUGGUCGCCAUCUUAGCAACCUGCCUCGGCCCUAUCCUCGCCGCCAACACCCUCACUCUGACAUUCCACUACCGCAGGCCCUUUUCCAAGAUCGCCGACCUGACGGGCUGGUACCUGCUCGGCGUGGGCAUCGCCGCCUUCAUCUUUGUCCCUUCGGGCCGCAUCUGGGGCAAGCGCCAUCUGUUCGUUGGGGGGACACUGAUGUUGGUCAUUACUGCGGCGUGGGGUGGAGCGUCGCAGGGCAGGGAGAACUAUCAAAGCAUGGUGGCGGCGAGGGUUUUCCAGGGCAUUGCUACAGCUCCGUUUGAGUCGCUUGUCAACGUCGCCGUGGGAGACUUAUACUGCGUACAUCAACGCGGUAUCCGCAUGGCCUUCACCAACCUCGCAGUUUUUGGCGGCGCCUUCUUUACCCCUAUCCUAGUCGGCAAGAUCACCAGCUCUAUCGGAUGGUGGUGGACCUUCUAUUUCGUUGCCAUCUUUUGCGCCGUUUGUCUCCCAGUCGUUUACUUGUUCUGCCCAGAGACAGCAUACCGCCGAGACUCAGCCCUGAACACCGACAUGCUGACCACGGAUAACUACACAACGACUCGGAACACCGCUACCACGGCCGAGGACGUGGAAAAGGCCGUCUCUAGCAAUGGUGACGCUUCGACGCCAGGGACGAGUGGCGCAGCCAACAAGCGGACCGGGACCGACGGAACGACAGAUGCCCCGCCACCUUAUAGCCCACAAGAGCCGGCAAGACCCGCACCCGGAAGUCAACGAGAAGACCAAGGUCGCCCAGCAGCCCCUCCUAGAACUCCUCAGCCCGUACCCCCCAAAGCGACGUUCAGACAAUCGUUAGCUCUCUUCAACGGACGGAAGACGGACGAGAGCUUCUGGAAACUGCUCCUGCGACCCCUGCCGCUCUUCUUGCAGCCCGCCUUUCUCUGGGCCUGCCUGAUCCAGGGUCUGAUGAUCGGCUGGACCGUCUUUAUCGGCGUCAUCCUCGCCCAAUUCUUCAUCGGCCCGCCGCUGUGGUGGAGCGAAGUGAAGACGGGAUACGCCUACACGGCGGCGUUCGUCGGUGCUAUUGUCGGCUUCCUCAUUGCCGGCGCCCUGUCCGACUGGAGCGCGCGCUUCAUGACCAAGUUGAACAACGGCAUCUACGAGCCCGAAUUCCGCAUCCUGCUCGUCAUUCCCCAGAUGAUUCUAGGCUGUGCCGGUCUCUAUGGAUUCGGUGUCACUGUCGACGGCCUGCUCAACUACAAAUACACCUACAUCGUCCCGCUCGUCUUCUUCGCCCUUCAAGUGGCCGGCAUGGUUAUCGGUGCUGUCGCGAGUUCCCUGUACAUCGUUGAUGCUUACCGCGACUUGGCCAUCGAGGGUUUCACCUGCAUGAUCAUCUUCAAGAACGUCUUCAGCUUUGCCCUCACUCUGAAGGCUUUCGAUUGGCUCGUCGCCACCACCAGUCUUGCUACCCCGUUGUUCAACAUCAUCGCCUCCAUCCAGGUCGGCAUCUGUGUGCUCAGCAUUCCCAUGUACGUCUAUGGCAAGCGGGUCCGCAGUUUCUUCCACCGCCACGACUUGCUCGAGACCUUCAAGGUGCGGUAG